AUGUCCGCCGCUGCGUCGUCCUCCUCCGCCGACGCGGCGUACGCCCCUGUCGCGCGGGCGGUCGAGGCGAUGCGGCAGUCGCUCCGCGAAGCGCCGGAGCGGUUCGCCGCCGCGUCAAAGGAUGUGGGUGUUCUCCAGAAGCUGCUUAGGAACCCGGCUGAUCAGCCCGAGGAGCCACGCUUUCGCAAGCUGAAGCUCACAAACGCGACCGUCGCGCGCGUCCUCGCCACCACGGGUGUACGCGAGGUGCUCGAGGCCUGCGGAUUCUCUGCCGAUGCGGAGCACCUCGAGCUCAGGAUGGAAGCGACGGACACGGCUGCGGUGGCGCGCCUGUCCUCGGCAGCAGAGGCGGUCGAGGCGGCGCAGCGAAUGCUGCAGGAGCUCCACUGGAUUGCUACCGUUCGCGACGAGGUGCCGUCCCUAGCCGCUCGGCCCUGGGCUGCGGACGGCGCAGCGCACGCCCUCGUGCAAGCCUGCCUCGCCGCGGUGAGCGCGCCCGCCUCCGACCCGCUCGCGCUGGCCGCCAAGAUCCCGUGGGUGCGGCGUUUGAACCGACUGAUGUUCUCGGCCGAGCUGCAAGAGUGCCGCUCCUCGCUCUCGCCGCUCGCGUCGGUCGCGAUCGUUGCGCUGCAGACGACCUCGCUCGAGCUGAUUCGGGUGGGCGCUCGCGACGUCCGCUCACUGGUCGAGGUGAGCCAGUGCCUGGCGCAGCUCUGGCCUCCGGGCGAGGCGCGCACGCUCGACGCGCGGCUCGACUUUGCCUUCGCCUGCAUGGAGGCGGCGCUACCGCCUGCGGGCGAGCCGCUCGAGCUGCGGCUGCGGCUGGUGCGGCGGGAGCUGCUCGGCUCCGCCAUCGAAGCGCUCGGCGCCUUCUCCGAGAUGGGCGUGCGCUGCGGCGUCCUCAAGCAGCCCCUCACAAUCGAGUACGUCGGCGAGGCUGGCCAGGACGCGGGCGGGCUGCGGCGCCAGUUCUUCGACCUCUUCACCGCCGAACUGCCCGCGUCGCGCCUCUGGACGCACACCGACGCGGGCGGGCUUCGGCCGGUGGACCGCGCAGCCCUCACCGCUGAGGCGGCGGCGCAGCUCCGGCCGCACAUGGAGGCGUGCGGCCGCGUAUGCGGCAUGGCGCUCUACCAGGAGCUGCAUCGCAGGCUCGGAUGCUGGAAGGGCACCGGCAGGAUGCCGCUGGGUGUGCGGUGGGAGCCAGAGGUGUUCGCGGGCCAGCCGCCGAGCCUGCUCGGCGACUCGUUCGCGCGCUACUUUCUGCGCGCGGUGCGGCACGACCCCCCAGCCACGCUCGCCGAGCUGCAGGCGGAAUUGCGCGCCGAGUGCCCCGACUCUGCGCCCGACUACCGCGCAAGCCCGGAGAUCCUGACGCGCAGCCUGCGCGAGAGCGGGCUCGAGGGGCAGACCUUCGUCCGGCACGUGGGUGGCGCCGAGGUGCCGCUGGUGGAGGGCGGGGCGGCGGAGUGGCUCGAGCGGAUGCUCCGCGCCGAGCUGGUCGAUGGGGUGGCGGCGGCGGCAGCCCACUUCCGGAAGGGGCUCGUAGACGCCAUCUCCCCAGGCCACAUCGACGCGGCGGACGCGCUCACGUGCCGCUGGACGACGCCGCACUUUUUUCUGCUCACUGCGGACGAGCUGCAGGCACAGUGGUCGGGCGCUGCGGUGAGCCGUUCGUUCGUCGCGAGCUGCCGCGCGACGGCGACGGUGCACCCGGAGGUGGCGCAGCAGGCGCAGUGGCUGUGGGAGGUGCUCGACGAGCUCGACGACGCGGAGCGGGCGCGCUGGUUCCGCUUCCUGACUGGCAGCUCGCGCGGCCCGCGCGGCGGAGCCAACCUCCGCAUCGGCCCUCGCGCGGGCGGCGACGGCGCCUUCCCCUUCGCCCACGCGUGCGUCUCCUCGCUCGACCUCCCGAGCUACUCGUCGCGAGAGCUGCUGCGGGAGCGGCUCGGAGCAGCGGUCAAAGCGGCGCACGACAAGUUCACCGAUCUCUGA